ACGAAACCCUUACACUAAUAGUACUUAAGAAUUCUUUAUGAUGUAUUUGAUGACAAAUUUGCCUAGGAAAUAAUAUCUCCAAGGUUUCUUAUUACAAUGAUUUAAAAGAUCAGCUAAGAGGUCAAUAUUGCUAAUUUUCAUCUUCUUGAGCAUAAUGUUUCUGGCACUCGUACUUUCUGCAGUGAAUAACUGCAUGUUCUGUACUGUCAAUCUUAUAACUUGAGUCGCAAAAUGGCGAAUUCGCUCAUUGAAAAAUGGGAAUGAAUGACUCUUCUCAGCUCCAAUCUCUUGACAAUCUACGUUCUCAAAACAAGGUAGCUGAAAUUAGAUUUCUCUGGCCUCAUGCGCUUAUUUUGCACUUUGGAAAUUUUUUCCCGAACAAAAUCUUUCAUUUGUACUCUAGGAAAUAAAGAAUGGCAACAGUACGUCGAAUUGACGUUUAUUAUUCUGUUUUCUUUACAUUAUUGGUUUACUUAAGAAUUUUUUAAGCAGGUAUCUGUGUUUAAGUGUGGUAGCUCGUAAUGUCAAGAAUAACUACCACUAAUGGGCCUUCAGCUUUAGAAAAUGUGAAUCUUGAACAAGACAUUCGAGGCAGUUUAAACAGCUCUACUAUGAAUGAAAAUCAAGAUGCUGGCUCUCCUACUCGUGUGGGUUCAUAUUGUUCAAGCAAUACACCUUUACAGCGCACUGCUGUACCACCAUCUUCACUUCCCACAACAGCCUCUUGGCAAGCAAAUGCUCCUGCUAGUACUUCUGUUCCAUUAACUAGUCCUAGUCCUGUCCUAAAUGGUGAUGAAAGUAAAGCAAGAGUAGCAAAGCCUGCUCAGUCUAAAAUAGAUACAAUUAAACAGUGGAGUAUUUCAACAUACAAAUGUACUCGACAAAUUUUGUCAGAAAAGCUUGGAAAGGGAACUAGAACUAUUGAUGCUGAAAUGGAAGCUCAGAUUGAGUUGCUGAGAGACACUCAAGCAAAGUACUGUAAUAUUUUACGACUUGCCCGAUCUCUUACAAGCCAUUUUUAUCAUGUUGUACAAACUCAGCAUGCAUUAGGAGAGGCAUUUUCAGAACUGGCUCAUAAAUCCCCUGAAUUACAAGAAGAAUUUUUAUAUAAUGCUGAUACUCAAAGAAGUCUGAGUAAAAAUGGAGAAACUCUUCUUGGUGCUCUGAAUUUUUUUGUAUCUAGUCUAAACACAUUAUGCAAUAAAACAAUGGAUGAUACUUUGCUGACUGUUAAACAAUAUGAAAGUGCUAGGUUAGAGUAUGAUGCCUACAGAAAUGAUUUAGAAGAACUAAUGCAGAAUAACCAAGGAAAUGUUAUGUCAUCCAAAGUUGAAGAAGCACGCAGGAAUUUCACUUCUCAUAAAGAGAAAUAUGAAAAACUGCGAUCAGAUGUUGCCAUAAAAAUGAAGUUCUUGGAUGAAAACAAAGUUAAAGUCAUGCAUAAACAAUUACUCCUUUUCCACAAUGCGGUGUCUGCAUAUUUUUCGGGAAACCAAACCAUGCUUGAAGCAACACUAAAACAGUUUAACAUAAAACUGAAGAGUCCAAACUCUAACUCACCUUCUUGGCUGGAACAGUAACUAGUGAAAUAACCACGAUCUAAUAGCAUUUAAUUUAUGCUGGGUAAUUUUGUAGAGAGAACUGUUAAAAUGGUUUAUGCAUAGGAAAAAAAUCUGAAUAGAGCAUGAGGCACAUUUGCAAAUAAAUUUAUUUUUUGCUCAUAUAUAGGCUUUAUUAAUGUGCCUCAUGAAAAACUAAAUAUUUCCCAGUGCACUGCACCAUUAAUUUCAGUUAAAGCCAAAUGUUAUCAUAUAUUGUUAAUUAUAUUGAUUUUUUGUAUAGUAUGAUUUAACAUAUUAUUAUCUAAUACAUUUUCCAGUAAUUGUUAAUGUAGAAAUGUAAAUUCUGAAUAACAGCUAUAUGCUGUAGUGCCUUUUUUUAGUCACUUUUUUAUUUUGUUUUUUAUUUCAAAUUUUAUUCCAUCUCUUAAGUUUGAUAGUGCUGUAUUGGCAAUAUUUGUUGAGAAUUUUGUGCCUAGAAAAUGAAUAUUUCAGUCAUAAAAUGUAUUGAUCAUUCCAAAUUGGAUAUCUGAUUUGUGACAUAUUCUUCAUAUUUUUUCAUUGAUAUACAUAGGAUUUGUGUAAUUAAUAUUUAUUUUAAUUUUGAAACUGAAAAUUAAUCAUCAUAUUAUAACAUCUAAUUUCUGAUUACAUAUCUGAAAUCACUGAAUAUCCUUUUAAAAAACGAUUUUAUAAAUGAAAAUAAUAUACAAUAUAUAUUCAUACAUGUUUCAAUAUACCAUCUAUUGAAAUGUAGAAAAGUGAUUAAUUUAUACUAUUUUUAUUUUCUUACCAUAGAGUUUUGACUUUCUUCAUGUUCUGUCCUCUGGUAGGUGUCAGAAAAAGUUAUGUGUAGCAGUAUUAAGUAGCUUGCAGUAAUAUGACAAUUAUCCUAGUCACACAUAGCAGUCCAUUGUUUUAUUGUUAUUUUACGUUAGGCUUGUUAGCUAUUAUUUGUAACUGAAGGAUAAAUUCUGUUAUAAGUGUAAUGUAACUUUAUAUUCAAAUGUUAUGAUAUUCGUUACUGGUACUUUUGUGUUAUGUGUUCAAAAUAUUACUUUCUGUGCCACAAAUUGAUAAUUUUCAUAAAUCAUUCAGUAACUAUAUGUUCAUUAUUUCAAAAACCUGUCUGAGAUUAUAAUAUAAUUAAUAUUUUCAUAAAAUAUACGUAGUUGUAGAUUUUCACUUCUCAUAGGUUUAAGGUUCUUUGAACUAGAAUUUUUGUGUGUGUUUUCAAGAUUAUAAAUAAUAUAUUAAUGUCAACAGCUCUCCCUUUAUCAUAGAACUAAAAUUUUCAGCAAAAAUUGUGAAAUGAGAGCAUAUAUAAACAAUAAGAUUUGGUUGUUGAUAGUUGAAUUUGAAAAUACAAAGUGUUUUCAAAUUCAGCUGACAAAUUCAGAAGUAUAAUAGUAGGUGUCAAGAGGAUGAAAAAUUGCCAUUGAACAUAAGUUGCAAACCACAUUUAGUGGCAGAAAAAUCUCAAAAAUAAUUAUGAAGGAUAUGAUGUCGAAUGCCAGUAAUAAGUAGUAAUGAUGGGGCCAAUAAUAAGUAGAAGAACUUUUAUUUGAUAUAAAGCAGGAUUAUGAUGCAUCACAGUUCAACAUCAGAAAGGAGACGAUGAAAACAGUUUUAUAGGAAUUGUUCAAGAUCGCGAAUGCGAAGUUCAUUGCCAGCUGACACUGAUGGCUAAAGGAUUGCUGGACAUGUUAAAACAUACCCAGUGUGCUGGCAGUGUUUGCUGAAGCAACAACCCAUGCUGUCAGAUCUUCUAGUGUGUCCACAGCCAUCCGAUAUACAGCCAGUUUCAGGUGGCCGUAGAAGAAGAAAUCUAAGGGAUUGUGGUCUUGAGAGCCUGAAGGCUAAGCAACAGGUCCGCCGCAUCCAGUCUACAUCCCAGGAUAUGUGUCAUUGAGGUGAUUAUGCAUCGCAUUUGCAGUGAACAUGUUUUAGCACACAAUGGCUGGUAUUCCCUGCAUCAAAUUUGGGAGAAUGUGCUGUAGGAAAACAAGGUAAUUUGCACCAUUGUCACGUUUGGGCAGAAGAUGAUCUCUGAGAAUCUCCGCCCAGAUGUUAUUACCAAACUUGUGUUGCAUUUUGAACGAGACAUUCGGUGGGGAUUUUCAGACAACCACACAUGCACAUUGUGCAUGUUGACCAUGCCUUUUCUCAUAAAGCAGGCAGCAUCUGCAGAGUUUGUACGGUCCUUAAGAGUUCAUAAAAGGACUUAGGUUUUUUGGAAUCGAUUUUUGGCACUUAAAAGUCCUUAAUUUAAUCAUUUGAAAUUUCUGCUUUUACGACUGCCAUUUUGAGUGUGUAUCAGCAUUUUGGAGGAAUGUUUUUAGUGAAUCACUGAUAAAUAUUAUUUCAUGGAUUAUCAUUUGAAUUUAUUCUUAUUUCUAAUAUAAAUGGUGUGAUAUUUGAGUUUCUGGGUAUGAUGUGAAGCGUAAGCAUUUAGAAAUUAUUUCUUCUCCUCCCCCCCCAAAUAAAGAGCACUUUUGGAGAUGUGAAUUCUUUUAUGAAACGGCUGUAAAUUUGGUGACUUAUGAACAUUUUGGUGAUUUUA